AUGGAGAACUAUACAGAAGUGACUGAAUUUAUCCUGCUAGGACUCACCAAUGCCCCAGAACUGCAGGUUCCACUCUUUAUCAUGUUUACUCUCAUUUACCUCAUCAAUGUGGUUGGAAACCUGGGGAUGAUCGUUUUGAUUCUCCUGGACCCUCGUCUCCAUAUUCCCAUGUACUUUUUCCUUAGUCAUCUGUCUUUGGUGGACUUUUGUUACUCUACAGCUGUCACUCCCAAGGUGAUGGCUGGGUUCCUUAUAGGGGAUAAGGUUAUCUCCUACAAUGCAUGUGCUGCUCAGAUGUUCUUUUUUGUAGCCCUGGGCACUGUAGAAAAUUUUCUUUUGGCAUCAAUGGCUUAUGAUCGCUUUGCAGCAGUGUGCAAACCCCUCCAUUAUACCACCACAAUGAUGACAGGUGUGUGUGCAUGGCUGGCCAUAGGCUCCUAUGUUUAUGGUUUUCUGAAUGCCUCCAUCCAUGUUAGGGAUACUUUCAGUCUCUCUUUCUGUAGGUCCAAUCUAGUACAUCACUUUUUCUGUGACAUUCCAGCUGUCAUGGCCCUCUCUUGCUCUGAUAGACAUAUUAGUGAGCUGAUUCUUGUUGUUGUGGCAAGCUUCAAUAUCUUCUUUGCUCUCCUGGUUAUCUUGGUUUCCUACCUGUUCAUAUUUAUCACCACCCUGAAGAUGCACUCAAUAGAGGGAUACCUUAAGGCUUUGUCAACCUGUGCUUCCCACCUCACUGCUGUCUCCAUCUUCUACGGAACAGUUAUCUUCAUGUACUUACAGGCCAGUCCCAGCCAUUCCACAGACACAGACAAAAUUGCAUCUGUAUUCUAUGGCAUGGUCAUCCCCACGCUAAACCCCCUGGUCUAUAGUUUAAGGAACAAAGAGGUCAAAAAUGCAUUCAAGAAGGUAGUUGAGAAGGCAAAAUUGUCUAUUGGCUUCACCUUUUAA